UACCGAGUGCGAGGCGUCGGCAGGACCCGACUGGAUUUCGUCCCCGAAGGACGUGGGCGCUGGCAGCCAGUCAGUCUCGGUGUCCUGGGACGGUCACCUCGCCCCUGGGUGUCCCCCACAGCCGCUGAGCGGUGUACCUCGGAUCGGAGUCAGGGGAUGGUGGCCCUGGUGACAGGUGGAGCCUCGGGACUCGGCCGAGCCACCGCGGAGCGCCUGGUGAGCCAGGGAGCGAGCGCCGUGAUCGUGGACCUGCCCUCGUCCCGUGGAUCCGAGGUGGCGAAGGCGCUGGGGGAGAGGUGUGCCUUCGCUCCCGCCGACGUCACCUCCGAGUCGGACAUCAAGGCCGCCGUGGCCCUGGCGAAGGAGCGGUUCGGGCAGCUGGACAUCAACGUCAACUGUGCUGGCAUCGCGAUUGCCGUCAAGACCUACAACUUCAAGAAGGAGCUGGCCCACGGCCUGGAGGACUUCCACAGGGUGGUCAAUGUGAACGUCUGCGGGACCUUCAACGUGCUGCGGCUCGCCGCGGCGGAGAUGGGCAGGAAUGAGCCGGACGCCGAUGGCCGCCGGGGCGUGAUCGUCAACACCGCCAGCGUGGCUGCUUACGACGGGCAGGUGGGCCAGGUGGCCUAUGCUGCCUCGAAGGGCAGCAUCGUGUCCAUGACACUCCCCAUCGCUCGAGACCUCGCCUCACAGGGGAUCCGGGUGGUCACCAUCGCCCCAGGCCUGUUCUCCACCCCUCUGCUGGAGGGCCUCCCGGAGAAGGUGCUUGCCUUCCUGAGCCGCCAGGUUCCCUUCCCCAGUCGGCUGGGCCACCCUGAGGAGUACGCCCACCUGGUGCAGGCCAUCGUGGAGAACCCCAUGCUCAACGGCGAGGUCAUCCGCCUGGACGGUGCCAUCCGGAUGCAGCCUUAGGGAGCGAGUCGGCGGUCUGGGAGGGGGCAACUCCCAUCGCCCCCACCACCACCCCCUCAUCGCCGAUCCUGGUGCUUUCUGUUCGCCUGCCUGAUCGGGAUACUUGGCAUUCUUCCAGGAAGCAAAUCCGCUUGUUUAUCUGCAGUUUGCCAGAUUCGAUCGGAAUAAUGGUGUAUGAACACUAUUGGCAAAGCAAUCUGGGACAAUACAGGAUCCAUUUUGUUACUAAGAAGUAAAGUACAUGUCCACAUUCCUUCCUCUUUGUCAUUUC